AUGUGCAAAAGCAUCCCAAUAAGUUUGCUAACAUCGGAUAUGAGCAGCAGUUGUUCAAAAAAUGCCGAACGCGCAGCUCGAUCACAAUUGUACAGCCGCGAAUACAAUCUGGAUGAUGCAAGUUGUAGUGAAGUAAUAGAUCGAAUGAACGAGGUGGAUCUGAAGAUGUACAGCGGCGCGCAAACGACACAAAACCGAUCCGGCAUUCAUGUCACUGUGGAAGCCUACAGAUGCGAGAAUAGCGUGUUACGCGACUUCGAAUGGACAUCAUCACCGUUAAUCGAGCAAGUUUUUCUGGAAAACAUCAAAAAUGAUGCGACAGUUGCAGCUCAGUAUAUUGGCACUACUAGUGGACUGACGCGCCUGUUUCCAAUGAAGAAAUGGAUUAUUGAUCCGGAACCGAUCACUAUCGAUUUAUUCGAUCCGCGCUUUCGGCCCUGGUUCGUGAAUGCCCAAUCUGCUCCAAAGGACGUCCUGUUUCUCAUUGAUAUGAGCGGCAGUGUUAAGGGUCAAACAGUGCAUCUGAUUCGGAUGACCGUUCUGCAUAUUCUAGCCACGCUCAGUCCGAACGACUACAUCAAUGCAAUUUGGUUUAACAGUCGACAAGUACCGGUGCUUCGCGGUUGCUUCGACGGAUUCAUUCCGGCUAUGACAAGGAAUAAACGGAAUGAAGUGAAUUUUACAGACGCUUGGAAUGAAACAUGGGUUGCAAGUAGUGGCGGCCACAAGCUGAUUAUGCUUUUCACUGAUGGUUCUGAAAAUCGUGGACCAAGCGCAGUGGAAAGUCGACGCAACGAGCUUGAUAAGGAUACAGUAUGA